GGGAGGGCUGACCGGGCGGCGGCGGAGCCUCCGGGAGCCACGCCCGGGACCUGGCCCCGUCUCCCCGGCAUGGCGGGGGCCGCCCGCGGCGGAGGGCCGCGCUGCCCGCGGGCUGUCGGGCUGCUGCUCGGGGCGCUGCUGUGCGGAGUGGCAGAGAGUCGAGGGGUCUUGGACAAUAAUCAGAGAUUUUCUUCUUCACCAACUUACCUACCUGUGAGCUACCGCAUCUUCAGUGCAGAGACAUCUUUCUUCCUCAAAGAAGCCAACCAGGACUUCAUGAGAAAUUCCAGUUUGCAAUCCAGGGUGGAAUCAUUCUUCCCAUAUAAAGCCAAGAGACCUCCUGUGUUAAAUGCCAGCUAUGGACCUUUUUCCAUUGAACAAGUUGUGCCCCAGGACCUAAUGAUAACUUCCAGCUUCUUUGGAUCUGCUAACAAGUUCACCUAUAACUGGAAACUUAAGGCCUACAUAAUGAGUGACAAGAUCUACCCUAGCAAGCCCAAAGUCCAGGUCUUGUUCUACAUUGUGGGCAGGGACUGGGAUGACUAUAGCACGACGGAGAGGCUGCCCUGCCUGCGGGUGUUCGCCUUCCGAGAGACGCGGGAAGUCAGAGGCAGCUGCAGGCUGAAGGGGGACCUGGGGCUGUGUGUGGCAGAGCUGGAACUGCUGCCAGGCUGGUUUAACCCACCCACCAUUGUCACUGGUCGUAAGAAGCCACUUGAUCUUUCUGAAGGGAGCCCUGUGGAGCUUUACUACACUGUCCAACCAGGAGAUGAGAAGGGAGAGUGUACUGCUGAGGAUGUAAGGAAGGGAAAUGCUAUCCGGCCAGGAAAAGAUGGCAUGGAUGAAACCAUGUCCCACUUACAGCGGAUUGGAUCAGUCAGCCUCUAUCGAGGCCAGGAGACUUCUCAGCUAACAGAGCUACGGCUGGAUAGUAACAUUGUCAUCUGGCUGCCCUCAAAGCCUGUCAAACAAGGAGAGGUUGUGAAUGUUUAUGUGACAAUUGCAAACAAUUCUACAGUGGAUCAAUUCAUACUCAGGGCAAAAGUGAAGAAAGGUGUAAAUAUUCUCAAUGCAAAGACAAGUGACCCCCAGCAAUGGGAUGUGAAACAAGAGGUGGGGAAUGGUGGAAAGCAUUCGACCACAACAGUUAUUUGUCAGAGGAUGGCGCCAAGUUCAAAGAACAGAAGUAACAGUCUAUUCAAUGAGGUUGUGCAGAUGGACUUUGAAAUAGCCAGUUUUAGCAGCCUGUCUGGAACGCAGCCCAUCACCUGGCAGGUGGAAUACCCUCGGAAGGGGACAACAGACAUAACCUUGUCUGAAAUCUUCAUCUGCCAAAAGGAUCUUGUUGGAAUUGUUCCGCUGGCGAUGGAUACAGAAAUUGUGAACACCGCAAUUCUCACAGGAAAAACUGUGGCAGUGCCCAUCAAAGUGGUCUCCAUUGAGGAGAACAGUGCUGUGACAGACAUCUCUGAAUCUGUUGAGUGCAAAUCCUCUGAUGAAGACGUCAUCAAAGUUUCUGAUAGAUGUGACUAUGUUUAUGUCAACGGCAAAGAAAUGAAAGGCAAGGUGAAUGUGCUCGUGAACUUCACGUAUCAGUAUCUGAGUGCUCCUCUGCAAAUCACAGUCUGGGUCCCACGCCUGCCUCUUCAGAUAGACAUUUCGGACACAGAACUGAGCCAAAUAAAAGGCUGGCGAGUCCCUGUGGUUUCCAACAAAAGGCCCACCAGAGACAGUGAUGAUGAAGAUGAAGAUGAACGGAAAGGAAGAGGAUGCACUCUCCAGUACCAGCAUGCCAUGGUGCGAGUCCUCACACAGUUUGUAGCUGAGGAUUCUAGCCCUUGGGGUCAGCUGAGCUACCUGCUGGGCUCGGAUUGGCAGUUUGACAUUACAGACCUCGUAAUGGAUUUUAUGAAACUGGAAGAACCUCACAUUGCCAAGCUGCAAGAAGGAAGGAUUUUAAUCGGACGGGAAGUAGGAAUGACAACAAUGCAGGUUUUGUCUCCUCUGUCUGACUCCAUCCUGGCAGAGAAGACAGUGACUGUUCUAGAUGACAAAGUGACUAUAACAGACCUUGGAGUCCAACUGGUGGCUGGGCUUUCACUCUUUCUUCAGCCAAGCGCAGCAAGUAGUCGGGCUAUUGUGGCUACAGCUGUUGCUCAAGAGCUGCUUCAUACUCCUAAGCAGGAAGCUGUGGUAAGCACCUGGAUUCAGUUCAGUGACAGCUCUGUUACUCCGUUGGACAUUUAUGACUCUAAGGACUUCUCUCUUUCUGCUGUGUCAUUAGAUGAAGCUGUUGUCUCGGUCCACCAGAAUGCUGCCUUGAAAUGGCCGGUUGUGGCAGCAGAAGGUGAAGGUCAGGGCACCUUAGUCAAGGUGGACAUGAUGAUUUCUGAAGCCUGCCAGAAGUCUAAGAGGAAAAGUAUCCUGGCUGUGGGGAAUGGCAACAUCAAAGUCAAGUUUGGCCAGAAUGAUGCAGACGCUGAUACAGGUGGAGACUAUGAUGGUGAGGAGAUUGAGAACCAUGCCAGCGACCGCCGGCACAAAGUGUCCGACCAGGAGCGCUAUGGCCAGGAGGGACGAUAUUAUGGUGGCUCUUCAGCAGAGCGAGAGGAAAGCACCAUCAGGAAAGUUGGCACCACAGCAAAAUCUGUAAUAAAGAAUAAAGUGAUUAAAAACAAGCUGGAUGGUGGCAAACUCUCAGAUGAUAGCCAGCUGCAGAACAUUCCUAUAGACUUCACCAACUUCCCUGCUCAAGUAGAUCUCCCAAAAGGCAACGCAGGCAUGGAGGAAAACGAUCUGGUGCAGACACCUCGGGGCCUUAGCGAUUUGGAGAUAGGGAUGUAUGCUCUGCUAGGGGUCUUCUGCCUGGCAAUUCUAGUCUUCCUAAUAAACUGUGCAACAUUUGCACUUAAGUACCGUCACAAGCAGGUUCUGGUGGAAGGACAGACCACUAUGACCCAUUCCCACGACUGGGUCUGGCUGGGAAAUGAAGCAGAACUGCUGGAGAACACUGCAGAUGCAUUGCCUCAGCAGGAUGAACACACAACAAUUAUUGACCGAGGGACAGGUUGUGAGGAAAGCAACCAGCUCCUCAAUGGCAGUGCUCAGAAGAACAUUCAGAGCCAGAUUCACAGGAGUGCUGACUCAGGGGGCAAGCUCAUAAAGGAACAGAAAUCCGAACCUUUACAUUCACCAACUUCUAAAAGGAAGCGGGUAAAAUUCACAACAUUCACCACCAUCCCACCCGACGAUGGUUGUCCGACUGUCAAUUCAAUCCUGAGUAGCAAUGAUGAUGACAUUAAGUGGGUGUGCCAGGAUAUGGACCUGGGGGACUCCAAAGAGAUAAGAAACUACAUGGAGAAGCUGAAAGACAAAGUGUAGCUCCUUGCUGGUUUUUUUUUGGGUUUAACCACACCUUGAUGCCUUCAGUUCUACAGUAUAUAUUGGGACAGAAGAGGGGGCAGGAAAAGGAUCAACAGGAGAAAUCAUGAGGCAGUUUUUUAUAGUCAGGGAAAGAAAGUUGCCAAACUGUCCAUAGCUAGGUAUAUUUUUCUUCAGGUUUUUCACUUUGCUUUGCUUUCCCAAUGGUUAUUCUGCUGUUCAUGGAUUUAGAAAUUGAGAUAUAAAUAGCAGAAAGGAACAAGGAGAUGUUGUGGCCAGUAUAAUGAACUGGGCAAGGUGAAGUUGUGAAAAUAUAUAUUAUGGGUCACAGAAGCAAUCAUUAUACUAAUGUUUCAAAGUACCAAAAAUAUUCAGGGAAAAAAAAAAAAAGAAUAAAAGAUAAACAGAAUAUAAGACCUUGAAAAGAAUAAGCAAGAAGCAAAGAAUGACUUGUCUGUAUUUCCAAUAGAACAUCCCAGUUAUGGACAUAUGACCCAUAAGAAGACUUUAUACUGUAACUCAGUCUGGUUCUUUCUCUUCCUUCAUUUGAAGUGAAGAUAUGUCUUUGGCAUUAAAUAUGAAGGAGAAAGAAAUUACUUGGUAUUUUUAUUUUUACUUUUCUCUUUAUCUUCUAGAUUGAAACAGAAUCAUUUUUCCUUUUGUAUUUUUCUUCUAGUUAUCUUAAAACCAGGAAAAUUUUCAAUACAGGGAGUCUGCAAUGGGCCAAGAAUAUUUUAUUUCUAAGUUGGCUAUAAAAAUCUCCUGUCAUUUAAAGAAUUCAGAGGACAAAUAUUGACAAUUUUUAUCUGGUGUCUCUUCUGAAAGCAAAAGCCUCAAUUGUUUCAUUCUAGAUAGAAAUAUGUUGUGUUUGGAAGAAGUGUUCAUUUUAAUUUCAGGUUUUGAUUGCUUGUUUCGUUAUUUGUUUUAUAUUUCCACAACCAAAGUUCCCAUGUUUCACCAAGGGAAGAAGGUGCUGUUUUGCAUUACCAUGUUGAAGUUACAACAAGCAGAAUUGUCCACUGGUUCAUUUUAAGCGCACCUGGAACAGAGACCAUCGCAGGCCAAAUAUAUACAACCUGGAUUUUGUAUUUUUUUUAUCAAGUUCAUGAGUUCAUGAUUUCAUUCUGUAAGUUUCUGUUCCUUCUAAUGUCACUAGCUCUCACUAAGCUUUGAAAGUUGGAAGAAUGAACAGUAGUUGUCCCCAGACUUCUAUUUCCUUGUACUGGGAGAGCUGUUCAGAGGGGGAGAAAUGUUACUGAAGCAAGAUCAAGGAAUAUCUAGAGCUCUGUGUUGAUCUAUAAAAUAUAUAUAUAUAUGUAUUGCCAUUAGACCAGCUAAGAUUGAAAAUUUUUGACUAAAUAGUACAUCUGUUAUUUUGUAUUAAAAAAUAAUACAAAACCAAUAAUGAAUCUGAAGGAAAUACAGAAUAGUUGAUUUGUUGUAUAAACUGGCAAAACUGCAUUGACUCAGUGCCAGUUUACACCAAUGGAGACGCAGAUCAAAAUCUAUACAAUGAGGAAACCUCUGACAUCCCCAACCUUUUGUAACUCCAAGGAAGAUGGUAUAUCCAGCCUUUUGGAAAGCAGUAUUAUGUCUUGACUGUUAGCCGGAAGCACUUGCAUCAUCCUGUCUUUACUCAUGUAUUUCUUUUUUUUUUUUCUUUUAAUUAUUAACUCAGUAGUUUGUUGUUUUGCAAGGUUUCUUUUGUUGUUGUUUCUUGGGGUUUUUUGUUGUUGUUUGGUUUUGUUUUUUUUUUUUUACUCAGACAAAAUCAAUCCUGCCACCCAGUAACAUAGACGGACGUUUUAACACGAUAAGCCUAGUAUGCAUUGUAGACUGAAAGAAUGUAAUAUUUAUUUAUAUAUGUUAUACAAAUUGUAAUUAAAAUGCUUUACAUGGCUUGACAAA